AUGGCCGAUGAUCAUUCUUCCUUCACUAAGGAUGUUUUGCUUGUGAAGGGUUUGAAGAAUACAACGUUUGUUUGGAGGUUGGUUGUGUUGGCUUUUGCAAUGGUUUGUGGUGUGUAUAUAUGUUCUAUUUGUCUGAAGCAGAUAAGCACUGGGACUAAAAUUGGUUUUCUAGAUAUCAAUGUUAUUCAAAAGCCUUGUCCCGAACCGAAUAUCGAACCUUGGGAGAUUCCUUAUGUGCAUUAUCCGAAUCCCAAAACUUACAGCAGGGAGGAAUGUAGUUGCCACCCGGUGCGCUAUUUUACUAUUCUGUCGAUGCAGAGAUCUGGGAGUGGAUGGUUUGAGACAUUUUUGAAUAGCCAUCCUAACAUAAGCUCGAACGGGGAAAUUUUUUCGGUUAAGGUUAGGAGGAGUAAUAUGACGACGAUAACUGAGACGUUGGACACAAUUUAUAAUCUAGAUUGGUUUAGUAGUGCUUCUAAAAACGAGUGCACGACUGCGGUUGGCUUGAAGUGGAUGCUUAAUCAGGGAUUGGUGCAGCAUCAUGAACAAAUUGCCGAGUACUUUAGAAUUCACGGUGUUUCAGUCAUAUUUCUUUUUAGAAGGAACCUUUUGCGCCGGAUGAUUUCCGUACUUGCAAACGAAUACGAUAAGAAUGCUAAAAUAUUAAAUGGCACUCACAAAUCUCAUGUUCAUUCACCCAAAGAGGCAGAAAUACUCGCAAAAUACAAGCCAACACUCAAUUCAACGUUGCUGAUUGCAAGCCUGAAACAAGUGAACGACACCACCACCAAGGCUUUAGAAUAUUUCAAGAGCACGCGGCACAUUAUGCUAUACUAUGAAGACGUUGUCAAGAAUCGCACCAAAUUGGCGGACGUUCUGGAGUUUCUUAAGGUUCCUCAGAUGAAUUUAAAGAGUCGUCAAGUAAAGAUUCAUAAAGGUUCCUUAUCGAGCCAAGUUGAAAACUGGGACGACGUGAGCAAAGCACUCACCGGUACGCAAUAUGAGAGAUUCCUCCACGAAGAUUACCGCAGGUAA